UCAUAUCACCAGGAGAAGUGGCUCUUCAUAGACAGAGCGAAAGCUCCACACCUAUGGCUCUUAGCCCUCAGAUCAUUCAGCUUCACCUCGACUCUACCACUAAGGAGGUUGUGAGCACAAUUGUGUCAUGUUACAAGCCAGAAGUUCCUGAGGAAGAAUUGACAUAUUCACAUGAAAGGAUGUCAUCGGAUACGUCCCUUUUGGCUACUGAGUUUGUGGACCAUGUCAUAGCUUGGUUAAAGGUCAUCUCUGCCGCAAGUUCUGCAACUUCUUCAUCAGAGAGUUUGUGCGUUUCUCCAAAUGCAUUCAUUUGCGAACUCUCCAGUGAAACGUUUCAGACACAGGCUGUGAAACGAGUGAAACAAGUCCUAAUUGAAUCUGUCAGGUGCUUUUCCAACUCAGGAAGUUCCAGCAUAUCAGAGUCCCACACUAGUCGGGUCAGUCAAUCAGAUUUUGGCAUUCAACAGGAUUCCUCCUCAACUUCCUUUAUGAGCAUGGACUCAUCCUCUUUUGGUGUUGUUGCAGCCGUUGUGAAAGACAUGAAGAGCCUGUUGCAGACCACCGAACCAACUGAUAGUCUACAGCCAACUGAUUCUGCCCUUCUACAUGGUACCACAAGUUAUUCUGAGACAUCAAACAAGAGCUGGCAAAGUGGUGUUGCCAUUUCUGACUUUAAACUUUGGUCUACAGCACAGACUAUUUAUAGGCACCUGCGGAACAACCUGAGAGAGUUUUUCAUCCGGCAUCAUCAACCAGAUGUAAAAACCACAGAUGCUAUCAUAAUGCAAGCCAAAAAAAGCAGCAGUCAAAUCUUGCUUGCCAUCCAAGAGGAAAUGACCAGAUCGGAGGAAUUGAUGACCUCACGGGAGCUGGUGCAACUCCAUGGCAUUGUGGGAAUGAUGCUGGAGGGUGUGGAGACAGUUUGCAGUGAGGAUGAUACAGAGCAAGAGUGGCAAGAGCUUCAAAGGCCUUCAACUUCUUUAUCUACUGCUUCAAAAGGCUCAAGCUCUCAGAGAUUGAACAAUACUCACACUCUCCCAGGAACUACAAUGUCAACUGAGUUACUGGACAGUAGCUUCCCUGUCAUUAGAAGCACAUGUAUUGAUGCAAGAGAUGAUAUUGCAUCCGGGGCCUCAUUGAGUGACCAAGGAAAACCCCUGAAUGGUGUGGUGAGCUUCAUCAUUGAACAUCUUGAUCCUGAAGUGAUGCAGCAGAUCACUUCUCCAGACUCUGAUCUAACAUCACUAGAAGAACUUAUCUCAAAGGAGAAGAUUCACUCAUUGUGCCAUGACCUUGUUGCUCAACUUGAGAGCCUCAUUCGGGAGCAGAACAGCAUCCCACUAAUCAAAUCGGUGGCAGUCGCUAAGUGUGUCUCUGACACAGUUUUGCUUAACCUAGCAAGGAGGGAAAACCAAGUGGGGAAACCCUUCUCCUCCAAACUCAUCUACAUGUUCGCGGAGGAGUUAGUGAAGCAAUUGUUGCUUCCUUUGAUCUUGCCUCCUUCAUUGUGGGGCUUGGAUCAGGAAGCCUCCCUUUACGAUGUUCCGUCGAGCACAUCUAGUCACCGCAGCUCAAGUUCCACUACUUCUCUAGUGACUGUACUUGAUGGUAGUAGCUCUGUGGUGUCUGCUAGUUCUUCGCAGGUUUACAAUGACACAGUGAAUCUGUUCACAAGCGCAAUCUGUCACCAAGUGAUGGACAACAUUUCUGGAGCCUCGAGUCACACAGUGGAGGACAACAUCCAUGACAGAGAGGCAUCCAUCAUUGCUACUGGGUCUGUGGAACAGGCCCAGAGUGAUUCCAGUUCUCCUCGGGCUGUGAAACAAGGCAAAUGGAGGUUCAGAUUCCUCCCAAAGAUUUCCAAGUUCAGACUCAACCUCAAGUGCUUCAGGCGGCGCAACAAAAAGCAGCUACAGCCCUCAAAGGAAGCCCAGGACCAGAUUAAGGUUCCCCGGGAAGAGGACCAUUGCAUAUUACCCAACACAGUGCCAAAGGCUGUCAUGGCUCCACUUCAAGAGAGUUGUCUCUCCACUUCUCAACCCAAGGAGAAGAAACACAAACCCUCCAUCUUUGUCAGGAUGUUCUCGGCCAUCAACAAAUGCUUUUGGAACACCUUAAAAUGUCAAUCUAACCAAUAACAACACUUAAUUAAUCAAAUAAAGAUUUACUGCAUUCAAUUAAUUUCCUUGUUA